AUGCAGACUGAGAAACAAAUAGGCUGCAAUAAGUUGGCUGUGCAGUCGAUGAAAAAGCAAAACCGAUUGGACAAUAAGAAGGCAAAAGAAGUUCAGAGAAAAAGAGCUUUUCAAGAAGGGAUGGCGGUAAUCGAUAAAUUACCAUUAUUUCGUCAAAAUGAUGAUAACGAUUCUAGCAGCAAUGAGAGUUCCGUCGACAUACUCGUUGGUAGAAAAAGAUUGGCUGCUCAGGUACGUCGUGAUGAUCCUAUAUCUAGCAAAGACUCUGAUGGAGCCGAUGCUAUAAGUAUUAGGAACAGCAGCAAUAAAACUUCAGAAAAGCCUUGUAUUUGUUCAAAAUUGCCAAACUUAACGUUGGACGAUAUCAAAAGAUUUGAAUUGAUUUUGAAACUCGCCAAAAGAAUAAGCCCUGAAAUCGAAAAAGAUAUUGAGGUUGGCAUAUUAUAUCAAUGUUUCGUCAGCAUGAAUACGGAAGCGCCAUUCAAAAUCACUCACGAUGAAUUUCGCACGUGUGUAACAAACUUAUGUUCAACUUUAAGAAAUCCUAGGUCGAAAUAUACUAGAGAUGGGAGCUCUAUUAAUGCGAGGAAUUCAAGACAGAAUACGAAAGCUUCACCUAGACGAAGAUUAAAACAAAAAAUUAACAUACGUGAUGGGCAAAACAAUCAGUCCAAUGUUGACAGUAACUCGACAAUAAAUGGCAAUGUUGAAAGCAACGGGAUAGAAAUGAGCGAUGAUCAAAAUGAAAAUGAAAAAAGCGAAGAGGAAAAUACGGCUAACAUUCAAAACAAAAAUGAGUAUGACAUUUCUGCUGAUGGAGAAAAAAUUGAGGUCUUGAGAAGAGAACUAAAUAUUAGAGAAGAGAAGCAACAUUUCGAAGAAAAGGAUUGUAUUGAUAAGAAACGAGAACUGGUUGAGCAGAGAGAGAUAGGAGGAAAAAGACGUAGCGAAGAGAAAACCCUUGAAGUUGUGGAACGAAGACUAGCUGAGCAGAGAGAGACCGAAGAAAAGAGACGUAGAGAAGAGCAAACCCGCCAAGUUGAGGAACGAAGACUGACUGAGGAGAGAGAGGCCGAAGAAAAGAGACGCAAGGAAGAGCAAACCCGCCAAGUUGAGGAACGAAGACUGGCUGAGCAGAGAGAGGCCGAAGAAAAGAGACGCAGGGAAGAGAAAAAACGUCGAGAUGAGGAACGAAAAGAGGCUGAGCAAAGAUUGGUCGGAAACGAAAAAAAACGUAGUGAGGAAAGGCAACGAAUAGAUGAGGUGCAAAGACAAGUUCAGACGACAAAACGCGAAAAACAUUGUGACGACAAAAAAAAUAAAUUAGACAAGGAAGAAAAACAAUACAGGAAAGAAAAAUAUGUAUUAGAUAGAAAAAAGGAAAACAAUUAUGGAAAUAAACGGUCACAUGAAGAUGAAUGGAAGCACAUGAAGAGCAAUGAAAAGAGAGCCAGUUCACGCGAGAGAAAGAAGCGACGAUGGUCGAAAAAUUGGGAGGUUUAG